AUGUCACUCUCCCACCAAUAUUACACAAUCUGACAACACACACACCAAUAAUACACAAUCUGACAACACACACAGAGUGAUCAAAAGUGUUGAAAUUAAAGAGUUGAUAUGAAUAAGGAUGGAAGAAGAAUGAGUGAAGAAAAUGAGGUUCAUGUUGUGAUGCUGCCAUGGCUGGCAUUUGGUCACAUGAUCCCAUUCUUGGAUCUCUCUAUUGCCUUAGCCAAAUUUGGCAUUCAUGUCUCCUACAUCUCUACUCCCCAAAACAUUCCAAGACUCCCCCAAAUCCCACCAAAUCUCUCACAGUUCAUCGAAUUCGUGCCCCUUCCUCUCCCCAGCCUCGACUCCGAUCCCCUACCGGAGAACGCUGAAGCCACGACCGACAUCCCAGCAGAGAGAAUGGAUGAUCUGAAGAUUGCUUGUGAUCUCCUCCAAGAACCUAUCAAGAAUGUGAUAGCAGAGAAAUCUCCAAGCUGGAUAAUGGUUGAUUUCUUUCACCACUGGGCAGUUGACAUCGCGCAAGAACUGGACAUCCCAUUAAUAUUUUUCUCCAUCUCAACUGCUAGCACAUUGGUCUUCUUCUGGUCGCCGGAGUUUCUGGCUGGCGAGGGGCGGAGGCAGGCGAGGCCGUCACCGGCCAACAUGAUGGCCCCUCCGGAUUGGGUGGAUUUCCCAUCGCAGGUAGCUUGCAGGAAUGAUCAUGAAGCUGUAGUCAUGCAUAAUCAAUUGUACAGAACAGGAGCAUCUGGAAUAGAAGAUGCAGCACGGCUGGCUAAGUUAAUCCAAGGCAGCCAUGCUUUGGCCCUUCGUAGUUGCGUGGAGCUCGAAGGCGAUUACCUAAAAGUCUACUCUAAUAUCACCGGAAAGCCGGUGUUUCCGGUGGGAUGCCUUCCACCUGCAGAGAAGGAGGAGGAGGAGAAGAGGGUUGUGGCAGAAGAGCCAUGGAGUAAAAUCUUUGAUUGGCUCGACAAACAGGAGCCAACUUCCGUUGUAUUUGUAGGGUUUGGGAGCGAGUACAAACUGCAGAGAGAAGAGAUCCAUGAGAUAGCGUAUGGGAUUGAGCUUUCCGGGCUUCCCUUCCUGUUCGUGGUAAGGAAGCCCGACUGGGCAGGUGAUGUAGAUGAUCAGAUACUGCCGCCCGGGUUUGAGGCCCGGGUGGCGGGGCGGGGAGUGGUGCAGGUAGGAUGGGCACCCCAGAGGGAGAUUCUUGCCCAUCCUUCCAUAGGAGCUUCAUUGUUUCAUGCAGGAUGGACUUCUGUUGUGGAAGCUAUGGUUCAUGGCCACCGCCUAGUGCUGUUGCCCUUCAUUAUCGCGCAGCCGUUGGAUUCGAGGCUUCUGGUUGAGAAGGGAUUAGCGGUAGAGGUUGAAAGAGGUGAAGAUGGAUCCUUUACUAGAAAUGGCAUUGCAAAUGCGUUGACAAAAGCCAUGGUAUCUAAGGAAGGUGAAACACUAAGAGCUCGAAAUAAAGAAGCUGCAAAAGAGAUUUUCGCAAAUAAACAACUGAACAAUGAUUACAUCAAGAAGUUUGCAGAGUAUCUGAAAAAUGGAAUAAAAGAAAAUAAGUUAUAAGCUCUUUUGCUGAGUGCUAGCAUUAUGUAUGUACCUAUGUAUGUAUCUUUUUGCUACUAUAAGGGUGAUUAAUAAACUAUGUAUUUUGUGAACUUAAA